AUGGAUUUUAGCCUUCGACACCUUCGCUGGGAGCAUCAAGCUCCUCGCCGUGAACCUGACCCUCAACCUCGAGAACCUGCACUUGCCGCUCGCCUCAUCUCCCCAAUCCCCUUCGAGCACGAGAUCGCCGCUGGCCUCUUUACGCCUGACCGCCGAGUUGAGAAUCCGGUCCUGCAGCCAGCGACUCCGAACGAGACAAGCUCCGUCGACCUCAAGACCGACGACGCCGACCGUGACUACGACUUUGUCAACGACUUUGCCAACGACCCUGACAAAUCCGUCGACGACGAAAAGAUGGUGCAGCUGGUCGAGGUAGAGGACGAGCACUUCCAGCACGUCCAGGAAGGCCCUGUGGAGGACGAUGGCGACUACACGGAUACUGACUCCGAAAUCUCCAACGACUCCGACUACGACCCCACGCAAGAGUCCCUCGCGGAGCGGAUUUCUGCCCUGCGCGACAUCGUCCCGCCGACGACUCGCGCCUGGUUUUGGAACAAGUUUCAGACGACCCAGCGCGUCGUCAAGGGCGUCAUCUUCUUCGCCGGCCGCUCCAUGUGGUCCAUUUCCGUCUCGGCCCUCCUGAUCGGCGUGCCCUUCGCCCUGUGCUGGGCUGAAGAGCAGCAGGUCAUCGCCAUGGAGCAGGAGGCGCGCAUGCGCGAGAUGGGCGCCGACGUGCUCACCGCCGGUGGCGGCGAGGGCGGCACCGCUGACAGGGUCGGCCAGGCCCUGGGCAAGGAGGGCGGUGUUGAGACCAAGGCUGCUGGACUCUGA